GGCAGGAGGAGCACCUGAGCCAAGGAGUUUGAGAACAGCCUCAGCAGCACAGGGAGACCUCAUCUCAAAGCUUGGGAGCCUUCUGCACCAUGCUGAGCACAGAUACAGAGGAAGUGAGUAGCUGGCUUCUUCCUGACUUUCACUAAGUGUGUAUCAUGGCCCGGCUACCCAUAGGCGGUUCCACAAUCCAGCAGCAUCUGCAGCUCUCUUUUAGAACUGCGGCCUCCAGAUCCUCCCUCCAGACUGGCUGAGUGAGCCUCUGCAUCUCAAGAUCCCCAGGACAUUCCUGGUGGGCUCAGAAGAGUUUCUACCAUGGAGUCCAUCUCUAUGAUGGGAAGCCCUAAGAGCCUGGAGACUUUUUUACCUAACGGCAUAAAUGCUAUCAAAGAUGCAAGGAAGGUCACGGUGGGCGUCAUAGGAAGCGGGGAUUUUGCCAAGUCUCUGACCAUUCGGCUUAUCAGAUGUGGCUAUCACGUGGUCAUAGGAAGCAGAAAUCCUAAGUUUGCAUCUGAGUUUUUUCCUCAUGUGGUAGAUGUCACCCACCAUGAAGAUGCUUUAACAAAAACAAACAUAAUAUUCGUGGCUAUCCAUAGAGAACACUACACCUCCCUGUGGGACCUGAGACACCUGCUUGUGGGCAAAAUUCUGAUCGAUGUGAGCAACAACAUGCGGGUGAACCAGUACCCAGAAUCCAACGCGGAGUACCUGGCCUCACUAUUCCCGGACUCCUUGAUUGUCAAAGGAUUUAAUGUGAUCUCAGCUUGGGCACUUCAGUUAGGGCCCAAGGAUGCCAGCCGCCAGGUUUAUAUAUGCAGCAACAAUAUCCAAGCUCGACAACAGGUUAUCGAACUCGCCCGUCAGUUGAAUUUUAUUCCUGUUGACUUGGGAUCUUUAUCAUCUGCCAAGGAGAUUGAAAAUUUACCCCUGCGACUGUUUACUCUCUGGAGGGGGCCGGUGGUGGUAGCCAUAAGCUUGGCCACAUUUUUCUUUCUUUAUUCCUUUGUCAGAGAUGUAAUACAUCCAUAUGCCAGAAACCAGCAGAGUGACUUUUACAAGAUUCCUAUUGAGAUUGUGAACAAAACCUUGCCUAUAGUCGCCAUUACUUUGCUCUCCCUGGCAUACCUGGCCGGCCUCCUGGCGGCUGCCUAUCAGCUUUACUAUGGCACCAAGUAUCGAAGGUUCCCUCCCUGGCUGGAUACCUGGCUACAGUGCAGGAAGCAGCUGGGUUUGCUCAGCUUUUUCUUUGCCGUUGUCCACGUUGCCUACAGCCUCUGCUUACCGAUGAGAAGGUCAGAAAGAUACUUGUUUCUCAACAUGGCCUAUCAGCAGGUUCAUGCAAAUAUCGAAAAUGCCUGGAAUGAGGAAGAGGUUUGGAGAAUCGAAAUGUACAUCUCUUUUGGCAUCAUGAGCCUUGGGUUACUGUCCCUCCUGGCAGUCACUUCAAUCCCAUCAGUGAGCAACGCUUUAAACUGGAGGGAAUUCAGCUUUAUUCAGUCUACGCUUGGCUACGUUGCUCUGCUUAUAAGUACUUUCCACGUGCUAAUUUACGGAUGGAAACGCGCUUUUGCAGAAGAGUACUACCGGUUUUACACACCGCCCAACUUCGUCCUUGCACUUGUUUUGCCCUCAAUUGUAAUUCUGGGUAAGAUGGUUUUACUCCUCCCGUGCAUAAGCCGAAAGCUAAAACGAAUUAAAAAGGGCUGGGAAAAGAGCCAGUUUCUAGAAGAAGGCAUGGGAGGAACCGUUCCUCAUCUGUCCCCAGAGAGAGUCACAGUGAUGUGAUGAAAAGAGGCACUCACUGGUGCCACAUACACUUCCAUCCAUGCCAUUACUUUAGGACUCCCUCCACGCUCCCUGUGAGCGUGUCAGUUUGCUGCAGGAUGAAACCUGGCAAUGAGAUUUCAGCUGAAAUUGAGAUAGGAUUUUCUUCAGGUUAUUUUUUAUAGAUGUCACGUUUUGCCAACAUGCAAUUUUGUAUUCCACAUAUAGAGUUACAAUCUAGGAGUAUUUUCCUUUGUGCAACUGUAUCAGUAUUGUUAUUUUAACUGUAUUGCAUAAUCAUGCAGAAAUAUUUGUAGUUAAUAAUAUAGGUGAAAUGUAAUGUUUAGAACACUUGGCAAACUGGCAGAACUUGAAGCUUUUAACAUUUCUCAGUGGAUGUGCUUUUUUCCUGGAAGCUAAAGAUUUUAAUUAUUAUCCAAUUUAAGAUGCAGAAAUGCAUAAUCACAUAUUAUUGAGAAGAGACACAUCACAUCAGUAUCUAGGGUGCACAGGCGCAAUCUCAUACUUUCAUAAAAUGGGACCAGAAGAAUGUCAUUAAUUAUACAAAGCAGUGUGAGUGUAUGAGCACAAAUUAAAGACGAACCUAAAACUGUAUUCAAAAAUGCAUUGGAGACAAGAAAUUAAUGCUGCUAAUGCACAACUUAUGAGUGCUUUAUUCUCUAUCGUGUUACAAAGCAGUUUCAUUUUUAUAUUUGUGAGAGUCAGGGAAAGGACUCAGUGAAACUUGAUCUCUCAAGCUGCAAUUCUGAAUAUAGUUCCAACCCCAGGAACUGUAGAACUGUCCAUUUAUUACAGUGGAAGUGGCGCGUUUGCACAUCAUUCCAUGUCAGUUUGUACGUGUUACUUUGACCAGUCUCGUCCCUUCCUGUGGGAUUGUAAUGAUGUCCACCGAGGGAGUUCGGAAUGGUUCUAAACACUGGUCUUGUCCCAUUGAACACUUACACAACAAACCAAUGAGAUAGUUAAUUAUCUUCAUUUCACAUAAGGAAAAACCGAAGGAGAGAAGGUUAAAUUUGCCUGAGGUCACACAGUGAAGAAGUGGUAGGGUGAGCAGCCAUGGCCGGGUAGUCAUUCUUCAUGCUUUAUUCCCUGCUCCACCUCCAUGCAGAACAUUCAUGGUGCCAGUCUAGAUGGUUCCUUCCCUGUAUGGUCACUGACAGCCUUUAGAGUAGGUUUUGUAGACUAACUGUUGGGAUCCUAUAACUCUUAAUCUUAAAAUUCCCGUAAGGUGGCCAUGCCCUGUGCUCUUCCUGAAAAAACUUCCUGCCUUUACUACCAUUCAUUAGGAAGCAGUUUAUCACCAUAAAGGAUAUUAGAACAAGCAGUUAAUUAUAAAUCUACUCCAGAGACAUGUAAUCUCAUAGAUUAUUCAUAAACUUUCUCAGUACUGGUCUUCAUAUGCAAAUUUCGUUUUGUUCAAACCUUAGGAUAGACUACAUUUUCUCCAUUUGUUCUAUAUUUAUUUUCACCAUAUUAUAGUGAAAGUUACAGACAAGAUGUAAUUAUGUGUAUUCUUCCUAAAAUUGUAUCAUUUCUAAAGUUACCUACUGACUUGAAUUCAACCACCAAAAAUAAAAGGACUCAUUUUAUGGGACCUGUCUUUC